AGGUGACUUUUUAUUUUAGCAUCAUGAUCCCACGCCCUGUUUAAAUAUUUUAUCUUUUUUAUAAUUUCUUCUUUCUUCUUUCUCUUUCUCACUUAUCAAUAUGCACCCUGCGUUAGUGUUUGGUAUAGUUAUUGGUGGUGCGCUUGUAUUAUGGGGUGGAUAUGAAGCUGUCAACACGAUAUACGAAUGGCAUCAGGAUAGGCAGGAACAAAAGAGUUAUGAAGAAUAUGUCAAAGCCCAUGCAGAAAAAGGCAGACUUGUACCCGUCACUCUCUUUGAAAAUCAUGACGAAGAUGAUGAAGAAGAUGAUGAACCAUUGGGUGUAUGGCAAAAGAGAGACUCAAUGCAUAGCCAACUGAGACAUAGAAACAAUCAUUCUUCAUCUGAAGAGGUAAAAACGUUAAAGGUAUAAUAAUUUAAAAUUCCCAUUGCUUAUUUGUCUAUAGCCGUCGCAUCAAUAUGAAUUGCUUGAAAUGCAAAGGUCUUUAUCGAGCAGAAGAAGUCUUCUGGAGAGAGAAAGUGCGCUGUUGCAACAACAAGAAGCUGAAUUUGAAAGAAAAAGAAUGAUACUUCGUUCCAAAGGCAAUAAUAUCACGGGUGUAUUUAAGGAUGAUAGUGAUCUUGAGCAGAAUCCAUUUGAGUUUGUUCAGAGCUCACAUUCAUCCAUUUAUCAAGAACAAACGAAAAACCCGUUUGACGAUCCAGCGCCCACAGCUAUAACAAAAGAGGAGGAUCUACAGGAGAGGGGUGCAACCCAUAAAAGAUAUCCUUCUUCUGACGACGGAAGCUGGUCGGAUUUCAUGAUGGAAGACUCAGCAGACGAUCACAUUACAAAAGGAA